ACUGCCACAGGAGAUUGACAAGGUAAACAGCCAAUCAAGACACUGCCACAGGAGAUUGACAAGGUAAACAGCCAAUCAAGACACUGCCACAGGAGAUUGACAAGGUAAACAGCCAAUCAAGACACUGCCACAGGAGAUUGACAAGGUAAACAGCCAAUCAAGACACUGCCACAGGAGAUUGACAAGGUAAACAGCCAAUCAAGACACUGCCACAGGAGAUUGACAAGAUCUGUGAGACCGUGGAUGGCUUGAUACCAGUUGUUCGGCUUGAGGCUGCGGGGGGUCCGGCUGACCCACGGGUGUCGGAGAGGGAGCGUGAGCGGGAGGCCCUGCGCCAGAGGGCGCUGGAAAUGGAGCAGCAGGCCCUGAAGGAGAAGAUCCAAUAUCUCACCCAGCGAUGCCAAGACGACCAGGAGGGCGUCAAGGAGGAACUGGAUGGAAUCUGGAAGUUCCUGGAGGCUAACAAAGACCUGCGAGACAAGAUGGUCCCCCAGGUGCAGCAGCUUCAGCAGGUGGUGGAGCAGCACGGGCUGCAGAUCAACCAGCUCAACCUCCGAGUGGACCAGCUGGAGGACAAGGUCACACAAGGGGGCGAUAUUGAGCCAGUGUUCAGUGGCGCGGCACCAAAGUACAAGAACCACGUCAUCGAACUGGCCAGGGACAAAAGAUGGGAGGAGCCUGAAUUCUCUGAGACGAGGGAGGGAGUAGGCUAUCGCGGCGUCCUGCGGGUGAACGACUGCAGGUUUGAGGGUCGGCAGGUGUGUCUCAACAAGAAGCAGGCGCACCAGGAAGUAGCCAAGAUGGCCCUGCCCCUCCUGCAGGACAUGCCCCCAGGCAACGACUCCAUUGGCUGGGCCCACAGUCACUCAGGCCAGCCUCUGUCCCUAUUGGCUGGGACGCCACUUCCAGCCGUAGGUUGGAGACCUGACCUCCCCUCCAUCCUCCCCUCCCCUCUGGAUGACCCUGAGCUUUCAGCUGCCAGCAGCUCUGCUAGUGGUGGACCGAAAAUCACUGUAUCCGUACGUGUGGUGAAGGUCCACCCUCCAGAAUACACAUACCCUCCAGUCAUGCCUCUGUCUUCAGGGGCUUUAGGGACCAAGACCAGCACCCUCCUGGCCGGGCACUCGACAGCCGUCCGGGGCUCAGAAGACACACACCCUCCACUGCCAGAGCACAGAGCAAGCAGCAGGACUGAGGACUCGGUGAAAGCGGGUCCGUGCUUCUACGGGAGUGUGACGGUUCAGCUGGUGAAGGAAGUGUGUGUAGAGGGCCGCAGUGAAGAAGAGGAGGCGCUGCAGGAAGCAUAUGGGGAACUAGCGCCACUCUGUGGCCUGGAGGGAAAUGACGCCACGUCUUCAGGCCUGUCGAAGAGAGACGUGGUGUUGGAGUACUUUAGGGGACGCGGCUUCCCCAUGCCCUCGGAGCUCAUCACCGCUCGGCCUGAUGGGAAAUUUGACUGCCAGCUGAAGCUGUCUGGACCCCUCACCUUCCACUCCCAAGCGAGUUCCAGCAAGAAGCAGGCAGAGCACCGGGCAGCUAAGAGGGCCCUGGAGCAGCUGGGUGGGGUCCUUGGCUGUAGUUCUGUAUCCAGCAAGGGGGAGAACUACAACUACAAGGGGGCCCUGCAGGAGAGGCUGAUGGCUUUGAAGAUGGAGAUACCAACUUACCACAUACAGGACAGCAACAGCUCAGAGCCUGGCGCAGGAGCUGUUAUCCAACCAGAGCCAGGCGCAGGAGCUGUUGUCCAAUCAGUGCCUACUUCCAGAGCUGUUGUCCAAUCAGAGCCUACUUCCAGAGCUGUUGUCCAAUCAGAGCCUACUUCAGGAGCUGUUGUCCAAUCAGAGCCUACUUCCAGAGCUGUUGUCCAAUCACAGCCUGGCGCAGGAGCUGUUGUCCAAUCAGAGCCUGGCAUGAAAGAGUCUGCAGGUGAACAGAAUUCUUCUGUGGGAGUGACAGGCUCACGUUUUCUCGGGAGUGUGACGAUGCUGCUGAAUAUGGAGGUGGCAGAGGAUAUCGGGGAGGAGGUGGAGGAGGAGGAGACGCAGGAGGAGAAGGCCUACAGGACUCUGGCACGCCAACUGGACAUACUACACACCUCUCAUACAGGUUCCCAUAGACUGCUGGUCGAGAGGCACUUUGCGGCGUGCGGCUUCCCCCUCCCCCUGCAGCAGACUCGAACCCGAGCGGACGGGACGACACACUGCACACUCACACUCUCCGGAGCGUUCACAUGUGCAGACCAAGGUUCCAGCAAGAAGCAGGCAGAGCACCGGGCAGCUAAGAGGGCCCUGGAGCAGCUGGGUGGGGUCCUUGGCUGUAGUUCUGUAUCCAGCAAGGGGGAGAACUACAACUACAAGGGGGCUCUACAGGAGAGACUGAUGGCUUUGAAGAUGGAGAUACCAACUUACCAAGUCAUCGACAGAGGAGUGCAAGGGGGGAGCAGCACAGCAGUGUCUGUGCUUGAGUCUUCACCUGCUCGCCGUAGUGACUUGAGUCCACCACUAGAGGUCGCUGUUGCCCCAGGCUCCAACGAGCAGCCAGCUGCAGCACAGCACUCACCAGCAGCAGUCAAACCAACACAACUCCAGUCAACCGUCCCAGUAGAACCCGUCCCAGUAGAACCCGUCCCGGUGGUCUCCUGUGCUCCAGUGGUCCCGGUGGUCUCCUGUGCCGCAGCUGUUGUCCCGGUGACCAGCACUACAGGGUCCAUCUCAACAGCAGGGCGCUGCAAACAGGCUAGAGUCCAGUUUGAAGUGGUGGAGAGGCUGCUGGAGUUGAAGGGUCUACUGCCCCCGGUGGUGGUGAUUGAGAAGUGCAGUGUGGAGCAUCAGCUGACCGCUAGAGUGCAGGUUGAGCUGCGUGACUUCAGUUUCCGCUGUCCAUCCGCCUGUCCCAGUAAGAAGGAGGCCAGCCGCAAAGCCUUCCACUGCCUGGCCCUCGCCGCAGGCAUAUGCACGCCACAAGCAGAUGAGACGUAUUCCAUUAAGGAGGUGAAGCAGUUCUUUGCCCAGCGGAAGCUGCCGUGUCCAAAAGAGGUGGUGGAGGAGAAGGAGAAAACCUUCAGCUGCUCGCUCACAGAGGUGUCCUGCUGCCUGGCCUACGAGGGAGAAGGGUCCUCUGAGACUGCUACUCGCCAGGCUGCCUGUCUGGAGGCCCUCUCCAAGCUGGGCCCUCUCCUGUUGUCUGGCAGUGGCCCUAGUGGGGGGGGCCCUGGAGGUCCCGUUGGGGGGGCCCCCGUUGUCACAGUUGUGGGGCCCAUUGGUGUGUUGGAGACCCUGGGCUCUGAAGGGGCGGAGCAACGUCUCUGUGCCUUGCUGAAUCGCCUGGGCCAGCCGGCUGUGACGUGCUCAGUAGCUUCGCGGCGCUACAUGGCGUGGCUAACGCUAGCGCUGAGCGGCUUCACGCUACAACACGACAGCAGCACCAACCGCAAACAGGCACAGAACUAUCUCUGCGAACGCAUACUGAAGAUACUGGACAUCGACACUGCAAUUUAG